GUGGCUCAGCUAGCAAUGGCGGAUCAGUCUACGGUUGCUCAAACUACACAAGGUUUACUUGUGGGCUCCUCGUCAGUUCCUGGCGGAGUCCCUGUAGCCGUGGCGAUGCCCAGUCUGGGACAGUCGGUUGGCACUGCAGUCACGAUUCCAGCGGCUGCAGUCAACACGAGCGGAUUGCUGUCAUCUACUACUGCGGGGAUGCAGCUAAUGGUGACUGCUCCGGUGGCUGGAGCUCUCACGAAGAGUGGAACACAAUUGAAGCCGAUACUACCGAAUCAGACGAUGAUACCGCCACAGAUUGCAGCCAGAGGAAUGCCAGGACAUCCACUGAUUGCACCAGCUCCUACAACACAAGCAACUGUGGAUCCUUCUAUGUUAGCAGGAGGUGGCACAGGAACAGGCCGACUACCUCCGAGUACAGCUAAACCUGCAACGACGUCCACUGCAGCUUCAAAUCCACUCCCUGCAGUCCAGCAGUCAACAGUUCAGCGGUCAACCCAACAGCAACCAAGAAACGCUCAAAAACAGGGUGUAACUCGAAAGCGGUUACAAGAUCUUAUUAAGGAGAUAGAUCCGCUUGAACAGCUGGACGAAGAUGUAGAAGAGGUUAUCAUGCAGAUGGCCGAUGACUUCAUCGACACUGUCGUGUCUCAGUCAUGCAUGUUGGCCAGGCAUAGAAAUUCCAAUACAUUAGAAGUGAAAGAUGUCCAGUUGCAUUUAGAGAAUUGCUGGAAUAUGUGGAUUCCUGGCUUUGGUUCGGAUGACGUGAGACCGUACCAGAAAUCGGCAACUACUGAAGCUCAUAGACAGAGACUGGCCCUAAUACGUAAAUCAGUCAAGAAAUAGGCAUCUUUGUGUGU